AUGGGAACAAGCAUGAAUGGAAGCUGGAAAUUGGGAAACAAGAUGACAGCACUUGUCGUGGAUGAUGAUUCAAUCAACCAAACUAUUCACCACAGACUGCUGGAAAAACUUGGAAUAGAAAACCAGGUGGCCAGAAAUGGGAAGGAAGCUAUUGAUAUUCAUUGUUCAGGAAAAAAGUUCGAUCUCAUUCUGAUGGAUAGAGACAUGCCUAUUAUGAAUGGCAUUGAGGCAACAAGGAAACUCCGUGCUAUGGGCAUACGUAGCCUGAUUGCCGGGGUAUCAACACGUUCCCUGAAACAAGAAAUACAAGAAUUUAUGGAAGCUGGACUAGAUGAUUACCAGGAGAAGCCUUUGACAAGUGCUAAGAUCAUCUCCAUCCUCCAUAAGAUCGAUCACAGCGGCUCAAUUUCAUUGACUAGGACAUAA